AUGUCUUGGUUAGAGUUUGGGCUCCUGACCAUGGUCAUCACAGGAUCUCAGGGCUGUUUAAAAUGUAGCAAAGAAGCCAUAGCACUUCAAGAAGACUUCAAAAAUAGCUACCUGGAAAACAAACUCCAAAGGGACCCUGAACUCAAAACAAAAUUGCAGCAGCUCCUGGACAAUAUCAUGGAGACGCUAUCGAAUCAGCCCAUAGAUCGAAAAAAAUAUAUGGGUAGUAUUGAUGAAUUAACACUAAAAAAACUCACUGUCUACUUCAAACGCUCUCUGAACCAGAUCAAGGAAAAUAACUUUGAAGGUGAGCAGCUUUUCAAUGAAUUGAUGUGGAGCCUCCAGAAACUGGUGUCUUAUUUUCAAGAGGUCAUGCCACAAGUUGCAAAACUCUAUUGCAGCAACGAAUGUGGUCAGAUGAUUUAUAUUUUCAUCAGUUGCUUCUCAUGUGUUACAAAUCAGUACAGCUGCACCAAGAACGUCAAGUGUGGAGAACGGAAAGUUCAAGUGGAAAAAGAUGAAGAUUUGAUUUUGGACUGUGCUCUAAAAUGGCAUAAGGCAAGCCACGGAGUGAAGACAUACAGGUUCUACAGGAUGGUGGGGAACAAGGAGGAGCUAAUGGCCAGUGGGGCAGAUUCCUUUCUGACCAAGAAAGACGCCAACGAGAAAGAUGCAGGCAUAUACCGAUGUAAAAUGGUGGACACAAGUGGCUAUACUUCCAGCCAGCUCGACUUUCAAGUUGUGGUGCUACCUUCAAAAGAGAACACCACCUGGUUUGUUCCCCCACCACCGCUGGUUCCACCGCCAUCAUCGUUUCCACCACCGCCAUCUUCAAUGUUGUCACCACUACCUGUGACAGUGAAAAACCCUCUCACUCUAGGGAUUUCUUCCAGGGCUCCACCCCCUGAAGCUGAUUGGACAGCUUGGAAAGUGAGCGUGAUUACAGGAGGUGUGCUGUUCUUCAUUGUUGUUGCUUUCUUGUUUUAUUAUCGUCAUAUGGCUAAGAAAGAGGAGGAGGAAGAUGAGGAGGAAGAUGACAACAACAAGAGUGACAGUGACAGUGACAGUGACAGUGAGAGUGAAUCAGAGAGUUAG